AUGCUUCCCCGCGCUGCCUUCCGCGCACUUCGCCCGCGCGCACCACUGGCGUUCCCUCACACAAGUCCUAUAGCCACACCACCCCAAUCCCACUGGCUACGAUCGUACGCGAGCAACAAUCGCUCUUCUAAGAACAAGACAUGGAAGCAGUCCGAUCCCGUCAAGUUCGACCAAUCGAAUAAAUCAACGCCCAACCCAAUUCAUCCCAACGAACAGCCCGAAUUUGACGCUGCAGCUGCCCCAGAGCGCAAUGACGUAUCUUCAAAAUCCCAAACUCCAGCAGACGAUGCUCAAGCUUCCGGAGAAGCUACAGAACAACCACAGAAGCCUCUUCCCGAUCUCAGACAAGGCAUCCCAUCGACGUUCGGCGACGAAUUCGGCGCGGCUGAGUCUCGCUCACCAAAGCACGAGCACGAUCCCAACAACAUCACCGAAGACCCUGACAAGGAACCUCGUCCAGGAAGCGGCCGCGAAGGAGGUGAACUUCCAAAGUCAGCCUACGAGACUAGCACGGAUAGGAGACGUAACCGCGUUGCCAAUUGGUCGUAUCUUGCAACUCUGGUCGCUGGAGGUCUAGGUGCCGUCUAUCUCGGCAGGAAUUGGGAUACCGAGGAGGAAGCAAAGGCACACCCAGAUGCACCAGAGGGAUGGAGUCCUGCAGCUAUGUACAAUCGCGCAGCUGCCCGCUUAAGCAACCAGAUGGGUUAUUAUACUGAGCCGACCUUCCCCAAGCUGCUGCCUGAUAUGGAUCCUGCCCCUCCGAUGACACUCGUCUUGAGUUUAGAAGACUUGCUGGUGCAUUCCGAGUGGACCACGCAGCACGGCUGGAGGAUGGCUAAGCGACCGGGUGUCGACUACUUCCUACGCUAUCUUAGCCAGUACUACGAGUUGGUCAUCUUUACAUCAGUCCGCUCCAUGGACGCAGAUCCUAUUAUCAGGAAACUAGAUCCCUUCCGCAUCGUCAUGUGGCCUCUAUUCCGUGAGGCCACUCGUUACGAGAAGGGCGAGUAUAUCAAGGAUUUGUCUUGUCUGAACCGAGACCUGUCGAAGACAGUGAUCAUCGAUACCGACCCCGCUCACGUCAAGCUGCAACCCGAGAAUGCCAUCAUUCUCCCUAAAUGGAAGGGCGAACCUGGAGAUAAAGGGCUUGUUGCUUUGAUCCCAUUCCUUGAGUAUCUUGCCAUGAUGGGCACUGCUGAUGUUCGUCAAGCCAUCAAGUCCUUCGAAGGCAAGGACAUCCCCGUAGAAUUUGCACACCGAGAAGCAAUAGCAAGGGAAGCCUUCAACAAGGAAAUGGCCGAGCAAAAGGCGAAGAAACCUAAGCAUAGCGCCGGUGGUUUCGUAAUGGGUGCUCUAGGUCUCAACAAGCCCCAGAGCGAUGGUCUGGGUUUCACAGAGGGCUACGAGCAGGGCAAGAUGCUUAGCGACCAAAUCCGCGAACGUGGCCAGAAGCAGUACGAGAUCAUGGAGAAGGAAAUCCGCGAGAACGGCGAGAAGUGGCUGAAGGAGAUGGCUGACGAGGAGAAGAAAUUCCAGGAGGAGCAAAUGAAGAACAUGAAGACCAGUGCCUUUAGCUGGUUCGGUGCCAGCGGACCUCCGCCAGAAAAGAAGUAA